AUGGCGAAGGAGAACUCUGGCUUCUCCACCAUCCCCGAGACUCCGGUGAGUGAGGCGAAGCCCCCGCUCUGCUCCCGCCCGUCCAAGGCCUCAGCGCGGCUCCGCAGGGAGAACGAGCGGGAGAAGGCUGAGAAGAAGAAAAGGCGCCAGCGGUAUGUGGAGAAGGGUGGCAAGUGCAACGUGCAGCACGGCAACGUGCGGGAGACCUACCGCUACCUCACGGACAUCUUCACCACCCUGGUGGACCUCAAGUGGCGCUUCAGCCUGUUGGUCUUCACCCUGGCCUACGCCAUCACCUGGCUCUUCUUCGGCCUCAUCUGGUGGUUCAUUGCUUAUUGCCGUGGCGACCUGGACCACCUGGAGGACCACACCUGGACGCCCUGUGUCAACAACCUCAAUGGGUUCGUCUCAGCCUUCCUCUUCUCCAUCGAGACGGAGACCACCAUUGGCUACGGUCACCGGGUCAUUACAGACAAGUGUCCCGAGGGCAUCAUCCUCCUGCUGCUGCAGGCCAUCCUGGGCUCCAUGGUCAACGCCUUCAUGGUGGGCUGCAUGUUCGUCAAGAUCUCCCAGCCCAACAAGCGGGCUGAGACCCUCGUCUUCUCCUCCCAUGCCGUGGUCUCACUGCGCGACGACCGCCUGUGCCUCAUGUUCCGGGUCGGGGACCUGCGCAGCUCCCACAUUGUGGAGGCCUCCAUCCGGGCCAAGCUGAUCAAGUCCAAGCAGACCCACGAGGGGGAGUUUAUCCCCCUCAACCAGACGGACAUCAACGUGGGCUUCGAGACGGGCGACGACCGCCUCUUCCUGGUCUCGCCCCUCAUCAUCAGCCACGAGAUCAAUGAGCACAGCCCCUUCUGGGAGGUCUCCAAGGAGCAGCUGGCGAAGGACGAGUUUGAGAUUGUCGUCAUUUUGGAAGGGAUGGUGGAGGCCACAGGGAUGACCUGCCAGGCCCGGAGCUCCUACCUGAUGGACGAGGUGCUGUGGGGACAUCGCUUCAUGUCAGUGCUGAGCUUGGAGGAUGGCUUCUACGAGGUGGACUACAACAGCUUUCACCAGACCUUCGAGGUGCCCACGCCCAGCUGCAGCGCCAAGGAACUGGCCGAGGCCACAGCCCGCAUGGACGCCCACCUCUAUUGGUCCAUCCCCAGCCGGCUGGACGAGAAGGUGGAGGAAGGGACAGAGAAAGAAGCAGGGGAUAAGGAGAGGAACGGUAGCCUGGCCAACCCAGAGACUGUACAGAUAAAUAAACGAGGCCCGCUCCAUGAAGGAGCAGGAGGAGGGUUUUUAUAG